AUGCCUCACAGUCAGAAGAAUCAGAGCCACAAGCUUGAAGUAGGCCUUCAGGCUGAAAAAGAGGCUCAGGGCCUGGUGGGUUCCCAGGUUCCUGUAGCUGAGGAGAAGAAGGCCACCGCUUCCUUGCUCUCUUCUUUGAUCCAAGGCACCCCAGAGGUUGUGCCUACUGCUGGGGCACAGAGUGUUCCCCAGAGUUCUCAGGGGGCCUGCUCCUCCUCCACUACCAUUGAAGCCAUUCCACUUAGCAAAUCAAAUGAGGGCAGCAGCCAAGAAGAGAGUCCAAGCAGCUUCCAGGCUCCCACGUUCUUGCUCGGUGAUGUGCUAAACAAGAAGUUGGCUCAACUGGUACAGUUGAUGAGGGUCAAAUAUGUAACAAAGGAGCCCAUCACAAAGGCAGAAAUACUGGAGAAUGUCAUCAAAGAGCAUGAGGAUCACUUCCCUCUGAUCUUCAGCAAAGCCUGUGAAUGCAUGGAGAUUGUCUUCGGCAUUGAAGCAAAGGAAGUGGACCCAACCAGCCACUCCUAUGUGCUCCAGAAGACACUAGGUCUCACCUACGAUGGGAUGCUGAAUGACGGCCAGAGCAUGCCCAAGACCGGCUUCCUGAUAUAUAUCCUGGGUGUGAUCUUCAUGGAGGGCAACCGUGUUACUGAGGAGAGAAUCUGGAAAGUGCUAAAUAUGAUUGGAGUGUGUGCUGGGCAGAAGGAUUUCAUCUACGGGGAGCCCAGGAAGCUCAUCACCAAAGAUUUGGUGGAGGAAAGGUAUCUGGAGUACCAGCAGGUGUCCAACAGUGAUCCUCCAUGCUAUGAAUUCCGGUGGGGUCCAAGGGCCCAUGCUGAAACCAGCAAGAUGAAAAUCCUGAAGUUUUUUUCCAAGGUCAAUGGGGUUGACCCCACUUCCUUCCCAUCCUGGUAUGAAGAAGCUUUGAGAGAUGAGAAAGAGAAAGCCCAGGAGAGAGCUGCCACUGGGGAUGCUACUUCUGCCAUGGCCAGCAUCUAG